AAAAUAAUUAUAAGAGAAAGUGUACAAAGGAACUGUCAUCUACAAAUAAAUAAAUAUUGUUUAUGAAACGUUGUACGAAACUAUACACUUCCGGUGAAACUCUCAACGGGUGAGCACGUUGCAUCGUGUUAGUCCGGGGAAAAUUAUAUUUCGCAAGAAAGAAAGGAUUUUCAGCCGUACUUUGACGAUUCGACGCAGCCACACAGCGAGAUUUUCGCUUGUAGUCAAGUGAAAAGAAAAUCCACUGGACUAUAAACGAAAAUUAACUGGCAAUAUAGCCUUAGUUGCUGUGCCAUCAAUUCGGCGUCAUCUCAAGUGAGGUGACGCCAACCAGAAAGGAAGAAGAAGAAGAACCUUUGUAGAAUGAUGUCAUCGGAAAACAGUUUCGAAUGUGACACGGAACUAUUAAAAAAAUGCUAUGUGAGGAGGAAUCCACUUUGCCGAUUGUGCCUGCAGCAGUAUCCAAAAGAUCAACUAGUGGAGAUUUUUGUUCGAGGCUCCAAUUGCAAACGCAUAAUAUUUAGUGCGGUGGGAAUUAAGCCUCGUCGAAAAGAUCGUUCGACAGGAGUGUGCCUCAACUGUAACACAAUGCUGGACGUAAUUGUAAAUUUUCAGCAGAUAUGCCAACGAACCAAUCAACUUUUAAACCAGAAAGUGAACGUGCAGAGUAGUGACUGGAAAGAAGCUUUCGAAGCGAUUGAUACAAUAAAUAAAGCCGUGAAACGAUAUCAUAGUAAAAUAUUCAAUAGCGACUAUAGCUUCAACAAUGCUAUUAAACCAGACAUAUCGGAUUUAAUCGAGACUCAAAAAGAUGAGUUAAACUAUGGCGAAAAAAACGAUGAUGGUGAAUGCCAGGUCCAGCCGGUUUCAAUAGAGAUGAACACGAUGUACGAAGAUGCUGAUUACCAAAAUUACGAUCUUAUAACGGAGAUUUUAGAUGAAAGCAAACACAAGAAAUGCAAAAGCCGCCGCCAAAAACCUAAUAUAGUGAAAUCAAAUGAUAAGGUGAUGUGUGAUAACUGCGGUAAACUGAUCUCUCAGGUGUGCCUUGAAGGGCACCUGAAUCGUCAUCUUGGAGUUAAGCCAUUUGUUUGUGAGAUUGAAGGUUGUGGACGCCGAUUGCAUUCAAAAUAUAGCUUACAACAACAUCGUCAUUUGCAUAAAUCAAUAAUGCGUUUCUAUGACUGUCAGUACUGUGGCAAACGUAUCAAGGGAACGAGUAGCUGGCUGCGACACAAGAAAAUGCACACUGAAGAUCCAAAAUUUUGCUGUGAGGUCUGCGGAAAAAAGUUCCGACGGAGAUCAAACUUGAAGCUUCAUUCUGUUGUGCACACCGGAGUUGCAUUAUACCCAUGCGAAAUUUGCGGCAAACGAUUUACCGUCAAACACAAUCUCGGCGCUCACUAUAAAAUGCAUAAAAGGAAUGGAACCUACACACAGGGUUGUCAACCACAGCAACAGUCAGUGGAAAUUGAUUUAGAUGUGCCACUUUCUUAGAAGCAAGGUUAGCUUGGAACCAGGAAGUUGACCUAAUGACGUCAUUUUAAUUUAAGAUCUCGAAUGUACUAGUGUAUACUUUUCAUUACGUACUAUUAUUAAAAGCAAUAAAUCUCGAAGAAAUAUCCUACAAUAAA